AUGAAGUAUAUCAUUAGUAUGAUCGCCGGUGCUGGGCUGGCUACUGCUGCUCCCUUGCAAGCUCGCGCUACCAAUACCUUUUUCUUUACAUUUGGUGAUUCCUACUCUAUGACCAGUUUCGAUGUCAGUGGCACGCAGCCAACUCCUGGUAACCCGAUGGGGAACCCAACUCUGGGCACCGGAACAACCGGUGGCGGCAUCAACUGGGUUGGAGACCUGACGACUGUGAACAAUGCUUCACUGGUCCUCAGCUAUAACUUCGCUGUUGGAGGAGCGUCCCUGGACAAUUCCCUUGUUAAAACCAACACCGCGGAAGAUAUGGUAACGCAAGUCGCCAGCUUCGAGACAGCAUACAGUAAGAAGCCUGCUACUGCACCAUGGACCUCAGACAAUGCAGUGUUUGGGUUCUGGAUUGGGAUUAAUGACAUUGGUUGGGCUGCCUCAAGCAAUGAUGCCAGCGUUCUGGUCCCAAAGAUCAUGGCCCAGUAUAAAACUCAAGCUGAAAAGAUCUACGCAAAUGGUGGACGGAAGUUCAUCUUCCUUAAUAUUCCACCUGUGAGUCGGUCUCCCCAGAUCGCCAAUCAAGGGACAGCCGUUGCAACCAACCACGCUAAGUGGCUCGCGGCUUACAAUGCUGCUCUCAAAACAAUGGUCAAUGAAUUCAUUGCAGACAACAGUGGCACCAAAACGGUUCUCUACGAUACAUUCGCCUUCAUGGACAAAGUCCUCGACGCUCCUGCAACAUAUGGAUUCACCGAUGCUACUUGUGUCAAUGAUGACGGUACUUCAUGUGUCUGGUGGAAUUCCUACCACCCAGGUCAUGCUUACCACAAGCUGCAGGCAGCUGAUAUGAAAGAGCACAUGCACUCUCUCGGUGCUUGGUAG